AUGACUCAGCAAACCAUACCCGGGGUGGAAUUUUGGUGCCUCAACACCGAUGCCCAGGCGAUCAACAGCAUCCCGGAGGCGAUCAAGACGUUACAGGUCGGAAAUGACGUCACCAGGGGGCUUGGUGCGGGGGGCGUGCCGGACAUCGGGAAGCGAGCGGCGGAGGAGAGCCGAGCCGAUAUCGCGGAGGGGGGCCCCGGAACAAAAAUGGUGUUCGUCCCCGCGGGCAUGGGGGGCGGGACGGGUUCUGGGGCCCCUCCCCUCGUUGCCCACGUGGCGAAAGAAAUGGGAGCCUUGACGGGGGGCGUGGUGACCAAGCCCUUCGGGUUCGAGGGGCGCCGCAGACUGUCUCAGGCGAGCGCCGCCAUCAACGAGCUUCGCGGGGCGGUGGACACGCUUAUCGUUGUGGCGAACGACCGGUUGCUGGAGGUCGCCGGCUCUGGCAUCCCCCUUGAGCGGGCGUUUAGCGUGGCCGACGACAUCCUUCGCCAGGGGGUGGUAGGUAUCUCCGAGAUCAUCGUUAGGCCGGGGAUCAUCAACGUCGAUUUCGCGGACGUACGUUCGGUGAUGAGCAACGCGGGAACGGCGCUGAUGGGCAUCGGCUCCGGGGAGGGCAAGACGAAGGCGGAGGACGCCGCCAACGCCGCCAUCUCGUCCCCGCUGCUCGACUCGCCGAUCGACAAGGCCAAGGGGAUCGUGUUCAACAUCAUCGGGGGGAACGACAUGUCCUUGCAGGAGAUCAACGCCGCGGCGGAGGUGAUCUACGGAGAGGUGGACCCGACGGCGAACAUCAUCUUCGGAGCUCUCGUGGACGAGCGGAUGGAAGGAAGGAUGAGCAUCACCGUGCUCGCCACGGGAUUCCAGACCAAGGCGCCCCGCCGCCUGCCGCCGCCAGGUUACCAGCCACCUCCUCCCAAGCAGGGCGGCCGGACUCCUCCACCGACGACCCCUCCCCUGCCCGGAGGAGCCAAUAACCCUUCCGAUAUCCCGGACUUCUUGACACGUCUUAAGCGCAGCAGCCAGCGUUGAUCGGCGGGUGUAUUUCUUUCUGUACAGACAGACAGGUGCUAGGAGCAAGGCGGUGGAAGACGGUGAUUAGAACCGUGUCCGGUUUGUGUGAGGACGGCUGUGGGAUUGGUCGAGAGGGAGGAGGUUGAUUUGGACAGUGUUGGGAUUGAAUUUUGUUUUUCAUGUUGGCUUUUUUGUUUUUGGAAAGUAGAGCUUGUCGUUUGGCCCAGGCAUUCUCUCCCUUGUGCCCUGACUUCUUUACGGGAGAGGUGCUGCCAAAGGGUUCCCUUUUUUUUGUAAUUUAAACGUAUUUUUGUUUGCUGUUUGUCGAAUGUUGGUGAUGAUUUUUCAUGGAACGAUUCCGCCUGUUGCCCCCGAUCCGAUGGGAUGGCUCCGUGCCGCGAAUUGUCGUCCCGCUCACCACCUCUUAGCUGCGUAUCACCCCCCCCCCGGCUGUGUUCCCGUCCCCCACCCACAAGUCGUGGCCCGUGUGUCCCUUUCAGUUGAAAAAUGAUUUCACAGCAUGUUUAGAGGUGUCCGCCUGGUGUGUGUCUGGUGCUGGUUGCUGUCUGCCUCUAUGGCAACAAAAAACGGUGCGAGUGUAGUGGUCUACGAUGCGCGGGUGACGUAUGUAUGUGAUUUUUUGUUCACGUUGGCGUCAGGGGGACGGGACCGCACGCUGGGGUUGAGUUUCCAAAGGGAGUACCUGAUAGGUGUGCGUGUGUUGGUGCAGGGGAGCAGAUCACCCGCUGUCGACGCCGGCGUGAGCAGCCGUGCACCGCCACCGCCGUUUACACACACUGCAA